AUGACCAAAACUACUCAACUCAGCUCGGAUCAAUACCUAUUCCUGAUCCUCGUUGGCUACAGAAUCGUCAACGCUCUAGUCGUCCGCACAUAUUUCGAUCCCGAUGAAUAUUGGCAAUCAGUUGAAGUCGCUCAUGGACUUGUAUUUGGAUAUGGCUAUAUGACAUGGGAAUGGAAGGAAGGUAUUAGAUCUAUCCUGCAUCCUCUGAUCUUUGGUUGUGUGUACAAGAUCCUGGCUAGCAUUGGGGCUCCUUCCAAAUGGAUUAUACUGGGUCCACGAGUCUUUCAAGGAGUGGUUGCUGCUAUUGGAGAUUUAUUUAUGGUUAAAUUAGCGAGGAAGAUGUUUGAUCGGGAGGCUGGUCAAUGGACGCUCUUUUGCAUGGUCACGUCCUGGUUUUGGUUCUAUGCUGGUAUACGAACAUAUUCCAAUUCUAUGGAAGCAGUUUUGACUUGGGUUGGCCUGUACUUUUGGCCAUGGACGACUUCCUCAAGACUCACUGCAUCGCUACUCGCUGCAUACCUAACGUUCGUGAUACGCCCUACUGGGGUCAUGUUAUGGAGUUUCUUGGGCCUGAGUCUACUCAUACGAGCGAAUAGGAAAAUUUCAGUUCUUUUGAAAGCUUUGGCUGUUGGUGCAAGUGUGAUCGCAAUAUCAUUUACACUAGACAGAAUAUUUUUCAGGAGAUGGACAUGCACAUUUUGCAACUUUGCAUAUCUCAACAUCGUUGAGGGCAUAUCGUCAUACUAUGGCACGCAUCCUUGGCAUUGGUAUAUAACUCAAGGACUGCCCGUCAUUAUGGGCACGCAUCUACCGUUCGCGAUAUACGGAAUGAUGAACAAUCGUACACCAAAACUAUCUACACUCACACAAGCCAUGGCAGGAACAUUAUCAGUAUAUAGUCUCCUAGAACACAAAGAAUUUCGAUUCUUGUUACCUCUAUUAGGUCCCGGAAUGAUGUUUGCGGGUAAAGGUCUUGCUGUAUUUUGUAAACGCGGAAAGUGGAUUGCUCGUUCGACAAUCUUGACGAUUGUCGUAUCGAAUGCUGUGGCUGCCUACUACUUUUCGACAAUGCAUAAACGGGGAGUGGUACAAGUUAUAGAGUACUUGCGACAAGUACGCGGGAAUGUAACAGAUGUGGUGUUUUUGAUGCCAUGUCAUUCGACCCCGUUUUAUUCUCAUCUGCAUGCGCCUAUACCCAUGAGGUUCUUGUCAUGUGAGCCUCCAUUAAGGAUUGAACAGAAACAAUACUACCGAGAUGAAACCACACUGUUUCAUCAAUCCGUCGAGAACUUUAUAGUAGCGUUUUUCGCUCCACGAAUCUCUGAAAACAUGACUGCACCAUGGCGUCCACGUUUUGCUGAACGUGAGGAUAUACCGCCGCCACGUCAAAAUUAUACCAUUAAACGAUACAAGUGGCCUUCUCAUCUAGUGUUUUAUGAGAAUAUUGAGGAUGAGUUGAAGAAAGUUAUACAAUGGACUGAUUAUAGAGAGUGUGCCCGAUUCUUUAAUGGCUACUUUGCUGAUGAUCCGCGUCAAAGCGGUGACGUGGUUGUUUAUUGUAGAGAUGCGGCUGCUGGUGAAUCCAAGACUCCCUUGCCAAAGACUCAAAGUGUCGAAUCAUCAAAAGAUGCCGAGAAGAAGCGAGUGGAGGAGUAA